AUGCUUUCGCUCCCUUCUUUCUUCCCUUUCCGCGUUCCAAUAUAUACCUACCAAAUAUUCUGCACUGUGUAUAUAUAUAUAUAUAUAUACACAGACAGAUACACACACGCGUGCAUAUAUACAUUUUCCAUUUCCAUAUUGCAAGCUCCUUCUUCUAGGGUCGGGUGCUGUUUCUUCUUCAUCGAAGUUGAUUUCUGUUUUAAAAGAGCUGCUGUGAGCACGGGAAGAAGAUGUAAUUUCGAGGAGUCUUCUGCUUGGACUGCUUUCUCCAGUAGUGGUAAAGAUACCCAUAAAAGGUGGUCUGAAAAGCGUGAAGAUUUGAGAGAGGAACUGCUCUGCAUCAGCUAAAAAUAUUUGUUGAGGUCAAUUAAGUUCGGUGUUGAUAGUUUUGGUUGAAAUGGACUUGAAUUCAAAGCUUACAUCACCCAUUCUGGCUGAUACCGCCCCUGUAAGCACCUCGAGGCUAGGCAUCAAAUCUUUGGUGCCGUAUUCUCCAGCUGCUACAACUUUCUCCCCCGCACUCUUUCUUACACUCCCAAGGAAGAAGUCCGGGAAACUUGAUGACUUGAGGACAUCAAACACUUGGUUGGAUGCUAUGAAAUCAUCCUCUCCUACUCACAAUAGAAGAAAUAAAGAUUCUGGUGCUGAUCAAACAUCAACUGAGAACGAUGUUGUCUACCAGAAUUGGAUGCUCAAGUACCCCUCCGCACUUACAUCCUUUGAGCAAAUAACAAAGUCUGCUAUAGGAAAGAGAGUAGUUUUAUUUCUGGAUUAUGAUGGAACUUUAUCACCAAUUGUUGACGAUCCAGAUCGUGCCUUCAUGUCGAAUGCGAUGUGUGCUGCUGUAAAAAAUGCUGCAAAAUGUUUUCCAACCGCUAUUAUUAGUGGGAGAAGCCGUGAUAAGGUAUACGAUUUUGUAGGACUAACAGAGCUUUAUUAUGCCGGUAGUCAUGGGAUGGAUAUUAUGACUCCCAUUCUGUCAGAUCCCAAUGACUCUAAGUACACUAGGGCAACUGACAAGCAGGGCAAGGAAGUUAACUUGUUCCAGCCUGCGAGAGAGUUUUUACCUAUGAUUGAUGAGGUUUUUAGAUCACUUGUCGAGAUUACAAAAGAUAUCGCUGGAGCGAAAGUUGAGAACAACAGAUUCUGUGUUUCUGUACACUAUCGAAAUGUGGACGAGAAGAGUUGGGAUACAGUAGGGGAAUUGGUUACUGAGCUGUUAAAACAGUACCCUCGUCUGCAAUUGAAACACGGUCGAAAGGUUUUAGAAGUCCGGCCAGUGCUUGACUGGGACAAGGGGAAAGCUGUUGAGUUCUUACUCGAAUCACUUGGGUUGAGUGGUAGUGAGGAUGUCCUCCCCAUAUACGUUGGAGAUGACCGUACAGAUGAAGAUGCAUUCAAGGUGUUGAGAAAGCAAAACCGAGGCUUUGGCAUCUUGGUUUCCCCCGCGCCCAGGGAAAGCAACGCUUUUUACUCUCUUCGGGAUCCAUCAGAGGUCAUGGAAUUCCUCAGGUGCUUAGUGACAUGGAAGAGGUCAUCAAGCACUCCAUAUAGCAACAGCAUAUGAACAAGAAUAAUCUUUAGCAAUUUUGCAAGAUUCUUUUAUCACUUCUUCUUUUUUACGAUUUCAAUGGAAUGGUUAACACAGGGUUUUAUGAGCAGAGGUGCUUAAAUGAAGCCUCUUGAGGUAGCAGGAAUAGCAAUACAUUGUUUCUGAUCUAAGCUUUUUAGUGUAAAUUCUGUUUACUAUGUUCGCAGACUGGCACCAAGGAAGCCCAUUUUCCUGUGUAUUUGUCUUUGAUUUUAUUUAAUUUAAUUUUUACUUAUUAAAUUAUUUC